GAAAUACCAAGCUCGGUGUUGUGCAGUACAGUGUCAUCAUUGAUAGUCCUUGCAAAGAUGGAAACCUCGACGAAGCACUCAACCUUUUGCAAUAUAAUGGAAAUGAAAGGGAUCAAAGCAAAUGUUUUUCCGUACAACUCUCUCAUAGGAGGCUUUUGUAAUGCUGGUAGAUGGAAUGAUGGUGCGCAGUUGCUCAAGGAUAUGAUCACAAGGAGAAUCAACCCCAACAUUGUCACUUUCAAUGCUUUAAUUGAUAGUUUUGUGAAAGAGGGAAAGCUUCGAGAGGCCGAAGAACUGCACAAGGAGAUGAUCACAAGAGGUAUAGCUCCUGACACGAUUACAUAUAGUUCUUUGAUAGAUGGGUUUUGCAAGGAGAAUCGCCUAAAUGAGGCAAACCAGAUGCUGGAUCUGAUGGUUAGCAAAGGGUGUGAUCCUAAUAUCGUGACUUACAGUAUUCUCAUAAAUGGAUAUUGCAAGGCAAAGCGGGUUGACGAUGGUUUGGAACUCUUCCGCAAAAUGUCUCUAAGAGGAGUGGUUGCUAAUACAGUUACUUAUAGCACACUUGUCCAAGGGUUUUGUCAGUCGGGAAAACUUAAUGUUGCCAAAGAACUCUUCCAAGAGAUGGUUUCUCGUGGUGUUCCUCCUAAUAUUGUCACUUACAAAAUUUUGCUGGAUGGGUUGUGUGACAAUGGGGAACCAGAAAAAGCAUUGGAAAUAUUUGAAAAAAUACAGAAGAGUAAGAUGGAGCUGGAUAUUGGUAUAUAUAACAUCAUCAUUCAUGGGAUGUGCAAUGCUAGUAAGGUGGAUGAUGCUUGGGAAUUAUUCUGUAGCAUCCCUCUCAAAGGAGUGAAGCCCGAUGUCAAAACAUACACUAUAAUGAUUGGGGGACUGUGUAAGAAAGGCUCACUGUUUGAAGCGGAACUGUUGUUUAGAAAAAUGGAAGAGGACGGGCAUUCGCCAGAUGGUUGUACAUACAACAUACUCAGCAGGGCACAUCUUGGAGAUGGUGAUGCAAUUAAAUCUGCUAAGCUUAUUGAAGAAAUGAAGAGGUUGGGGUUCUCAGUUGAUGCUUCCACUAUAAAGAUGGUAAUCGAUAUGUUAUCGGAUGGUAGAUUGAAGAAAAGCUUUUUGGAUAUGCUUUCUUAGAAUUUUGGUGUUUACAUCAGAAUUUUGGCUAGCUUAAGGAAAGGAUAUUUAGAUAGAUUCGCGGGGUUCUUCUGCGAUGUAGGUGGUCCAAAGGCAGAGCAGAGUACUGAUGCGAGAGCGGACUGGUUCUCUUGUGUUAGCGGAGAUGCGCACGAUGACAGCCUCUUACGCACCGCCAUGUCCACGGCGAUAUCUCCAAACUCCGAUCGGUGUUUUUUUUAUCAGAAGACUUUUGAGUUGGGGAUUUUUUUUGGUGAUUUCUUUCUUUUUUUUUCUCAUCUCAAUUUAUUAAAAAAAAAACCAACUAAAAAACCCAUAACAAAAAAAGGUCCGAAAAGCCCCCAACUAAAGAUAAGAUACUGUACAUGACAUUUAGUUUUCUCACUAAGGGGAAAAUAAAUUAGAUAUUUUAAUUAAAACUUAGGUCCGGCCCAUCAAAGAAACAUAGGAUGUACCGAUGGAGAAAGAGUUUUAUUUUAUCAACCGAUUUGCUUGUGACAUGAAUAUUCAUCGUGCUGAUACAAACUAGAUGGUUCAUAACAUUUAGAUCGGUACUUAAUUACAAUAAGAAAAAAAGUAGUUAAUAUCACUUUUAGUCCUUGGUGGAACACUUGUCCGAACAUUUUGUCAAAAACUCCGAAUGAAACAGAAGGUUAAAGACAACCGGUUUUAUCUGAUCCGGUACAUUGAACCGGUUCUUCAAGCAUUCUCGUAUCUGAAUUCUGAAGAUUUCAGGUUUUCACAUUGCUUCGUUCUUCGUAUGUGUCUGGGUUUCAUUUUCUGUAGAUUUAGUGCCAUCUUGUUGACCAUUUGGGCAGACAAUUUCGAUAACUCGCUAGAUUUUCAAGGUUCCAAGUUAUCAACUUUCAUAGCAGAGCAGAGAGAAGAAGAGCUUCGUUUAAGAGUUUUCAAGAAAUUAGUGCAUGUUGAAGCCGAACAAACGAAUCAGCACAAAACCGAAGACCCGACUCCAAUUUUUAUUAAAAUUCAGAGCUUUCAAAUUCUUAACUUGGGUCAUGCGGGGAUUGAUUCAGACACGUCUUCUCGAGACAGGUUCUCCAAGAACUGCUUUAAUAUUGUCUUGCUAUGGACGAGUCUUUUCUAGUGUCAGCGAUGGGAAAGGGAAAGUCUCUUAUAGAGAGAGAUUGAGAAGUGGGAUUGUUGAUAUUAAGAAAGAUGAUGCUACUGAUCUGUUUCAAGACAUGAUCGGGUCUCUUCCUCUUCCUAGUCUUGUUGAUUUCAGUAAAUUCUUUAGUGCUGUUGCCAAAACAAAGCAAUAUGGUCUCGUUUUAGAUCUCUGCAAGCAAAUGGAAUUGAAUGGGAUUGCUCAUAACAUCUACACUCUGAGUAUUAUGAUCAAUUGUUUCUGUCGCUGUCGUAAACUUCAGUUCGCUUGUUCCGUUAUGGGAAAGAUCUUGAAACUUGGGUAUGAGCCUAACACAAUUACAUUUUCAACUUUGAUCAACGGAUUCUGUCUCGAGGGUCGAGUUCCUGAAGCUCUAGAGUUAGUUGAUCGAAUGGUGGAAAUGAAACAUAGACCCGAUCUCAUAAUGAUUAACACUCUGGUCAAUGGCCUUUGUCUCAAAGGUAAAGUCUAUGAAGCAGUGGUUUUCAUUGAUCGAAUGGUGGAAAGUGGUUGUCAACCCGAUGCAGUUACCUAUGGACCGGUUUUAAAUGUAAUGUGUAAGUCCGGUAAAACUGCUCUGGCCAUGGAGUUGCUUAGAAAGAUGGAAGAAAGAAAGAUCAAGCUAGAUGCAGUCAAAUACAGCAUCAUCAUUGAUGGUCUUUGCAAAGAUGUUGUACUGUUACAUGUGUUAGGCCUUAUAAGUAGUAAUCAAAGAAUUCCUAUCCAUUCAGGCAUUCACUUGUCAAUGUCUCUUAGAAUCCUAUCUGAUGGUUCAAUGGUGAUCCCACUGAUUCACAGUCUAAAGACUCAAGAACAUAUGUCAAAUCUAAACAUUUAGCAGAUACAAGACUUUUAGCUGGAAGACUCUUAAGUAACAGCAAGAUUGUAAGUUUUCAUCAGUAUUGCCAAACUUGUAGCACUCAGCAAACACCACAUUAAUUAUUGAUUACACAAUCUAACAAAACUUAGAUAUCAA